UCAAAAGUACAAAGCACUUUGGGAGGCUUUUUCUUUUUUAAAUAUUUUUUCAGAGGUUAAAAAUUAAAUUUCAAAAGCCCAUCUGGGAUGGACAAGAGUCUUCAACAGAGACACCUUACCUGAACACCUCCGACAUGAAGCUCAUUCAUACUGUUUUGUUAUUUUUGUGCUUCCACUUAAAUCUUUGUGUGAGUUCAACGUCAGACCCAUCUCAAGAGGAUCCGGUGGACAGCAAGUGCUUACUGAAAAAAUACACACAUCUUUCCUGCACUAAAGUCUUCUGCCAGCCAUGGCAGAAAUGCAUUGAUGGAACCUGUACUUGUAAGCUCCCUUAUCAGUGCCCAAAGAAUGGCACCUCCGUGUGUUCAACCAAUGGAAAAAGCUACCUGACGUACUGUCAUCAGAAGAGCUUUGAAUGUCUUCGUCCAGGGGCAAAGUUCUUAAAUCAAGGAACAUGCACAGCUGAAGGAAAAUUUAAUGUUUCCUUAAGUUAUGGGAACACAGAUUCAGAGGGAAUUGUUGAAGUAAAACUUGUGGACCAGAAGGAGAAAAUGUUCAUAUGUAAAAGGAGCUGGAGCAUGACUGAAGCCAAUGUGGCCUGCGUUGACCUUGGAUUUCAACAGGGUGCUCUUAGUACUCAAGGAAGGUUUUAUCCACCUACAGAUCUCCACAUUAACACCACUGAAUGUCUGCAUGUGCAGUGUCGGGGAUUAGAGACCAGUUUAGCUGAGUGUACUUUUACCAAGAAAAGAACUAAGAUUUACCAGGGCUUAGCUGGUGUGGUGUGUUACACACAGGAUACAGCUUCUCCGACAGAUCGGUCCUUCCAGUGUGUGAAUGGGAAAUCCAUUGCCUGGGAGAAGGCAUGCAAUGGUGUCAAUGAUUGUGGAGAUCAAAGUGAUGAGCUGUGCUGUAAAGGAUGCCGAGACCAAAGCUUCCUUUGCAAGUCGGGUGUCUGCAUCCCCAGCCAGUAUAAAUGCAAUGGCGAGGUGGACUGCCUUACGGGAGAAGAUGAAGUUGGUUGUGAAGGAGCCAGACUUCCUGAAACUCAAGGACUUUCACGUUCUACUCAAGAAGAAAAAGAAAUAGAAGAACUUUUGACUCCUGAUAUGGAUGUGGUAAGUAUUUCUCCAGACCCACAUAGAGGCUUGCUAUUGGAUCUGAACUUUGUCAGACCCAGUAAAGCACACCAUUAUGGAAUAUGGACCGGAUUAGUAAACCGGGUAAAAUAUAAUACAGCGUCAGCAAUUGAGAAGGUGCAAAAAAUUAUUGUCCAUGAAAACUAUAAUGGAUCCACCUACCAAAAUGACAUAGCUUUGAUUGAAAUGAAAAAAAAAGCUAACCAGAAAGAAUGUCAUAUCUCUAAUUCUAUCCCUGCCUGUGUCCCCUGGUCUCCAUAUCUAUUCCAACCUAACAACAGAUGCAUCGUUUCUGGCUGGGGGCGAGAAAAAGACAACCAAAAAGUCUUUUCACUUAAAUGGGGUGAAGUUAAACUAAUAGGCAACUGCUCUAAGUUUUACUCAAAUCGCUACUAUGAAGAAGAAAUGCAAUGUGCAGGUACAGAGGAUGGAUCCAUCGAUGCCUGCAAAGGAGACUCCGGAGGCCCCUUAGUCUGCAUGGAUGCCAACAACGUGACUUACGUUUGGGGCAUUGUGAGCUGGGGUGAAAACUGUGGGAAGCCAGAGUUCCCAGGAGUUUAUACCAAGGUGGCCAAUUAUUUCGACUGGAUUAGCUAUCAUGUAGGAAGAUCUCUGAUUUCUCAGUACAAUGUCUGAAACGGUGACCUCCGUCUUUCUACCCUCCUUCGCGCAGUUCCAUUUGGAUGGGAAUAAAGCUGCAUAAUUAAUACAGAAAAUGAGGCAGAGCUUACAGCCUAUUGACAUUUCGCUGUGUAAUUCCCGAAUAAAAUAC